UAUAAAAGAAAGGGUUAAACCAGGUAGGAAUCAGUUCAGGAGCAGCAACCAGCAGCACAGCGAGCAAACAUGUCCACCAGCAUGAACAUGGGCAGGAUUGUCUUCUAUGAGGACAGGAACUUCCAGGGUCGUUCCUAUGAGUGCAGCAGCGACUGCGCUGACAUGUCCUCCUACCUGAGCAGGUGCCACUCCUGUAGGGUUCAGAGCGGCUGCUUCAUGGUCUACGACCGCAACAACUACAUGGGAAACCAGUACUUCAUGAGGAGGGGCGAGUACUCUGACUUCCAGAGUAUGAUGGGAAUGACCGAUAUCCGGUCCUGCCGCACGAUCCCCAUGCACAGAGGAUCCUACAGAAUGAGGAUCUACGAGAGAGAUAACUUCGGAGGUCAGAUGCACGAGAUGAUGGAUGACUGUGACUCCAUCAUGGACCGCUACCGUAUGUCCGACUGCCAGUCCUGCAACGUGAUGGAUGGCCACUGGCUGAUGUACGAGCAGCCCCACUUCAGAGGCAGGAUGAUGUACAUGAGGCCCGGAGAGUACAGGAACUUCAGGGAUAUGGGCAUGAGUGGCAUGAGGUUCAUGAGCAUGAGGCGUAUCACUGAUAUGUGCUAGAUAUAUUAUGUUGAUCAAAUAAAAGUGAUUGGUAAUCC